AUGAAAUUUUCGCAAUCGGUCUUACUUUCAUUGAUAGGCAGUAUAGCCACUGCUUCAGCUGCUGACUCCAACAAUUUGCGUGCUGAAAAAAGAAUGGUCCAGUAUGUAACCAAGAUUACUACGGUCCAGAUUCCAUUGGCAGAUUAUUUAGCAGGUAAACAGACUACUCAACAAGCUGUCACUACACAAGCCGCAACAACUGCUGCUGCUAUUGCUGCGAAUACUCAAUCUAAAAGCAGAGGAGGUUUGCUUGGAUUCUUAGAAGGUUUAUUUGAUAAUGGCGAUAGCCAAUCCCCCACCACCACAUCAGCAAAUAAUGGUGGUGGUUCAUUCGGAAGUCCAAGUACUACUUCGAUAGGAACUAAUACUUUAUCUACCGCAACAUCUUCACAAGAUGCUCCAUUAUUUCCAAUCUAUACAGCAUCAAGUUCGUCUGAUAUUACAUCCCCCAGCUCGAGUUCUGGCUCGGAUUCGGACGGAUCGUUCGCAAACAACAUAGCUGCUGCGAAAGGUGCUAAAGGUAUUACUUAUUCGCCAUAUACCAAAAGCGGAUCUUGUAAGACCGCUAGUGAGGUUAAAAGUGAUAUUGCAAAGUUGUCAAGUUUCUCACUAAUCAGAUUAUACAGUACUGACUGUGAUGGAGUUGAAAAUAUAUUAGCAUCGAUGACCUCGUCGCAAGAGUUGUUCUUAGGAAUUUACGAAAUUGAUACCAAUACCAUUACCAGCGGAUUAAAAGCCAUCAAAAGUGCAGUCGAGUCCUCUUCUCGUGGGUGGUCUGCAGUCCAUACCAUUUCUAUUGGUAACGAAAGAGUAAAUGACGGAAAAUCCACGGUGUCUGAUCUUGAAACUGCUAUUAAUACUGCCAAAACUUGGUUAUCAGCCAAUGCUUCACAAUACAGUGGGUAUGUGGUGACUGUUGACACAUUAGUUGCAACUGUCAACAAUCCUGGAUUGUGCAAGAUUUCUGACUAUCUUGCCGUUAACGCACAUCCAUACUGGGAUGGUGGUGUUGUACCUUCUAACUCGGGUUCGUGGUUAUCACAACAAAUCUCUAAUUUGGAGAGUGCUUGUGGUUCGUCCGACAUUUUAAUCACCGAGACUGGCUGGCCAACACAAGGUGAUACAUAUGGUUCUUGUGUCCCUUCUAUUCCUAAUCAGCUUGCUGCUAUCAAGAGUAUUAUGAGCAAGUUCUCAGAUCAAGUAUUCAUGUUCACUAUGUAUAAUGACUACUGGAAAGACCCAGGUUCCUCUAAUGUUGAACAACAUUGGGGAAUCUUUGGUAAUCCUUCCGCAUAG